AUGAUCGAUCAUUCACUAAAUGAAUACUAUGCAGCGUGUCGUCUGGAUAGUGACAGCGACGGCUCAUCUACAACCUCGCCCAAAGAAGCUGGUAUCAGCUCGUGGUCUGCCGAAUCGGUAGUAUCCCCACUCCGCGGCCGCGCUCGAAUGUUAGGUGGGCAGCACCGCAUGAGCUGCUCGAAUAGCCAUCACAGACAGCUGCGCCUUCACAUUAAGGAAACGGAGUUGGAAUCGUGUGGUGCGAGUGAGAGCCAAGACAACUUCCAUCGAAUACAGGGCCAAACGGCUAAGCAAGUCAUUAGAGCCCUGAAUCAACCUCUUAGUGCGCAUCUGAGUUGUGCCACUACGGGGGAAGAGGACGACUUUGCCCAGCGUGACUUUUCGGCACGUCCGUCUCAAGGUUAUUCCUUUGACACUAGAAAUGGCCCGCCAAAGACUUUCGACGAAGCAAGAUUUCAUGUUCUUCUGCUUUUCGAUGUGAUGUGUGCGCUGAGGCUAAGUGCGUGCAAGUUUUGUGUACAAGAAACCGGCCCUGGGAUUUGUGACUCAAGUCAAAGCCGGGCAAGGUUUCCUGCUUCGUGGAGGCUCAAACCAGAGGUACGUGACCAAUUGCUUUCUGGAAAAGACAGGACCAUCUAUGUAAGCGCCUUGCAAAAGCUAUUGAACAUUGCUGACGAUAUCCAUGCUCUUCAAGCACGACUUGACGCUUUUUAUGAGCAAUACCACAGGGUAAAGGCACAGGCAGAUUCAACCUAUACUGUGGAAGCAGAUUUUUUUUUUGGAAAGGCCAGUAUUGGGGAUCGAACGGUCCAUGCAGAUCGUGCGAUUGGUUUGACUUCUCUCGGCACCCUCCUUCGAUUUGCAGAGCUUGUGAGUGCAUGGAUUCAGGAGUUCAAAGUUUGGGUCUUUCAGGUACAGGAGAAUCUGAUGGUGAACUCCAGAUCUGGUGAAUCAUCGGACCCGCUAAUGAAUGGCCCGGGGAUGGGGCUGCGUACGAGCAGCCUUAACAUAACCGGCAAUGUACCACGUGCCUCACCUCCUCUAGUCAAGGACUUCGCCCCAAGAGGCGUGGGAAAGGGAGGAGACCAUGUUUCUUUACAAUCCUCACAGCCAUAUUCCAUAGAAGGUGUGAGAAAGAUGUACAAAACGGAAGGGACAUCUGCAGAUCCCACUUUAAAGGUGCAUUCCACGAGCGGCGGGCCUGUUUUUCUCACUAAUUCAUAUCUUCCCCAAAUCAUUUCCGCUGUCGAACGUAAUGCCAUACUCUUGCAGCAGUGUCUAGUUAUCAUUGAUGGAAGUAGUUGUUUUAAUACAUUUCACACAAAGUUGGCUGAUUCCGGUGGUGUGGCGGCACCAGGUGGGAGAUCCGAAGAGGACCAUAGAGAGACCACGGCUGGACAACCCCCACCACUGAGCACUUCCGCCAUGGCGGAGUUUGCCUUCCUAAACCAAUGCACUGAACUCGGUGCUGCACUCCUUGACUACCUCAUCAUUCAACUUAGUGCGUUGCAGCAUCCCGGUGCGAUGGAUUUAUACCGUUUAUAUAUGUCGCUGCUUAUUCAUUGCGCUUGGCCCUACGUAAUUCUCUCAACAUCCACCAUGUUUGGCUUUGUGCACGAUAUCGACUCACAAAAAUGGCGUCACCAGCUACCGCGUCUCUUUCGCUCUUCAUUUUCGCACAUUCGUGUGGGUGGUGCGCACCGACGCUACCCAACUGAUGUUCUGUCGCUGGUUCUGAGCUGUGUCGACUAUCAGAAAAGCGCUGUUUCGUUAGAACCUUUCAAGACUCUUUCGAUGCUUCUAUCGGCGCGUCGGUCUAUUCUAUACAGUCUGCUAAACUUUGCACGACAAAAGCACAAGAGCCUAAUCGUAAAGGAUCGUGGCGAAAAGCAGGACGCUUGCAUCGCACCAAACACCACCACCACCACCACCUCCUCCCCUAUUCAGCCUACAGGCAGUUCUCUGAACCUUCCUACGGAGAUACCUGCUUGGAUGAACCCCGCGAGCAUAGGGGGGAGGGGGGGGGUCAAUCUGCCAUGGGGAUCCGGCACGAUCCUCAGCGUUGCCCAUCUGGACUACCCUUUACGGACAACAAUAAAGCUGAGGGAACGAGGAAAGAUACGUUACAGCCGUGGGGCUUGCCUCGGCAACGAGUCGACCCUUCCUGGAACCUAUCUACCCACGAAGGUGAUGGCCCCAGUUGCGUGGGUCAGCAUACAGAAUCUUUCCUGGAAUUUCCAAGAGCGUUGCCACUGUGUUUUACCACCAUGGCGCAUGAUGCAUGGGUCGUAG